AUCACUUACAAGUUCAAAGCAAAGCAUUUCAACACAUAUCUGCGUCAGCGAGCUGUGUCUUUUGCGCAAGUAGUUUUGCCAGGUUUCUUGCAGUGCUUGUUUACGCGAUCCAGCACACUUUAGAUGAGCAUAAUGUAGACAAUUCAUCGUUAAGACCUCAUGACAAUACAAACACACGAGCGCGCGGAAAUGGGCGACGCGCCGGGAAGGUCGAGGCGCUGAACUAUAGCCUAGCGAAAGCAUGGAGACAGUUGUCAGGUACACGCCGCUAUGCGGCGUUGGCGAGGACUCGCCGCUGUGCUCACUGUUAGAGAUUGACGACUACACCAUCCUCCUGGACUGCGGCUGGGACGACAGCUUUGAUGUUGCGCUGCUGGACCCAGUGCUCAAGGUGCUCCCGCGCAUCGACGCGGUGCUGCUGUCCCACCCCUCGCCCGCGCACCUGGGCUCACUGCCCUACCUGGUGGGCCGCUGCGGGCUGGCGGCGCCGGUGUUCUCCACCAAGCCCACUCGCCGCAUGGGCGAGAUGUUCAUGUUCGAGGCGUGCCUGGCGCACCAGGCCGUGUCGGACUUCGCCGCAUACGACCUAGACGACGUGGACGCCGGGUUCCGACUGCACCCCCGCUGGACCGAGCUGCGCUACAGCCAGAAGCACCUGCUACUGCCGCCCGCGGCGCCCGGUGCUACAGCCGGCGAGGCGGGCGCAGCGGGGGCGGCGGGCGGGGGUCAGGGGCCGGCGGGCGGCGGCAUUGCCAUCACGCCACUGCCUGCGGGCCGCUACCCGGGCGGUGCAGUGUGGCGGCUGACGCUGUUGGGCAGUGGGCAGGAGGUGGUGUAUGCGGUGGACUUCAACCACCGCAAGGAGAGGCUUCUGAACGAGACCACUUUCACCACCGCACUGGCGGCGCUGCAGCCGGCGCUGCUCAUUGGCGACGCGGUGAACGGCCUGGCGCCGCCGGCCCCGCCCCGACACAAGCGGGAUGAGGAGUUCCUGGACGCCAUCACGGCCACGGUGGAGGGCGAGGGCAACGUGCUCAUACCCACGGACGCGGCGGGGCGAGUGUUGGAGCUGGCGCUGCUGCUGGACGAGCACUUCGCGCGGGCCAGGAUUGCGGCCACGCCUGUGGUGUUGUCGUACACGAUCAAGACGGUGCUGGAGUUCGCGCGGACGCAGCUCGAAUACCUGGGCAGCGAGAUGGUGCAGGCCUUCUCCCACAAGCGCACCAUCCCCUUCACCUUCCGCAAGCUGGCCGUCAUCACGCGGCUCGAAGACCUGGGGGCCAUACCCGGACCCAAGGUUGUGUUGGCGACGCUGCCCUCCCUGGACUGCGGCCCGGCCCGCCAGUUGCUGGUGGAUUGGGCGGCAGCGCCCCGCAACACCAUCAUAUUCACGGAGCGGGCAAAUCCCGGCACGCUGGCGCACGCGCUGCAGAACCACGUGGCGGCCCCCGGGGGCGAGCCGCUGCGCCUGCCGCUGCGGCUGGCCAGCCGGGUGCCGCUGGAGGGCGAGGAGCUGGCUGCGUGGCAGGCGGGCAAGGAGCGCGAGGCGGCGGAGGCGGUCAGCCGCCGGGCCAGUGGAGCGCUUGACUCGCUUCCGUCGCUUACCCUCACGAGUAGCACCCACCUCACCGCCGCGGCCCGUCUGGCGGCCGCCGCCCGCCUCGCCACCAGCGGCGGCGUCGCGGCCACACCCAGCGCCGCCGCCGGCUCACUGGCGCGAGGCGGCGGCGGCGGCGGCGGCGCGGCUGGCAGCAAGAGCGCGGGGCCCCUGGACCAGCCGCUGCGCUCCUGCACCAGCAGCAUCAGCAGGCUGGUGCGGGACGCAGCCACAGGCGCCAUCGUGCAACAGCUCGGCAGCGGGGCGGCGGCGGCGGCGGCCGGGGCGGGGGGCGGUGCAGCGGCCGGAGGCGGCGGCGGCGGCGGGCUGGGCUCCGGGUCUGUCAGUGCGGCGGCUAAGCGGGCGGCGGAAGAGGGGCUGCUCAUGGACGGAUUCGAGCCGCCGCAGGCCGCCGCCUACCCCAUGUUCCCGGAUGAGGAUGCUGAGCUGUAUGUGGAGUGGGACGAGUACGGAGCCAAGCUGGGAAAGGAGGAGUUCAGGGUGCCCAUGGUGCUCGACGCCGCCACGGGUCUGGGCAAGGCGGCUGGCGGCGGCGGCGUUGACGGCAUGGACGUCGACGACGGCGGCGGCGGCGGCGCGGGCGGCGGCGAGGGCGGCGAGGGCGAUGUGGCGGACGAGGUGGAUGAGGCGCCCACCAAGUUGCUCGUGAGCGAGGUGCAGCUGGAGCUGCGCGCGGCGCUGCGCUUCUUCGACUUCGAGGGCCGCUGUGACGGCAGGGCGCUGCGGGACUACCUGGCGGCGGUGGCGCCGCGGCGGCUGGCGCUGGUGCGGGGCAGCCCGCAGGCCAUUGCUGAGCUGGCGGGUGGCCUGGCUGCCGACCUGUCCGACUACGGCAGUGGCGUGGACACACCGGGCCCUGGCGAGGUCGUGGAGGUGCGGCUGGCGGCCAGUCACGUGGCCGCACUGAGCGAAGCGCUGGCGGGCGGGCUGGCGGUGCGGACGGCGGGGCAGUACGGCGUGGCGUGGCUGGAGGGCGUGUUUGGAUCCGGCGGGCCGGCGCCACCCCUGGAUCCGAUUACUGGGGCGCCAUUGCUGCAACUCGAGCCCAUGGAGGAGACAGAGGAGGGCGGUGGCGGCGGCGCGGCUGCUAUGGCGGCGGCGGCGGCCCUGGCGGCGGCGGGCGGCGGGGCGGGUAGCGUGUUCCUUGCGUCUGCGGGCGCGGCGCUCACGCUAUCGAAACUCAAGGCGGCACUGGCGAUGCAGGACAUCCAGAGCGAGUUCAUGGGCCGCGGCGUGCUGGCGGUGUACCCCUCGGGACCGGGCGGCGAGACGCUGGUGGUGACGCUGGGGGGUCCCGGCGCGGUGGCGGGCGUGGCGACGGACCGCGCGCACGUGUCGUUGGAGGGGCCCGCCUGUGACGGCUACUAUACCGUUCGGGAAGUCAUCUAUGCGCAGUUCGGCGUGUGCUAGGAUUAGCAAGGCUGGAGAGUUGGAGGAGAGUGGCAGAUGUUGCGCGAGGAGGUUGGCGGGUCGGGCUGCGAUGAAGGAAGCCGCGGGCCAACCGCCGAAAGUCCGUCGGCCGAUCUGCUGUAGUCUGCCACUUGUUAUGGAUUGUCACACCCUGCAAGGAGUUCUCGUGUAUGUUGUAGCUGAUUGCGAUAAAGGUCUCUAUUUUGCACGACUUUGAGAGCAGGCAACUUCGAAGGCAAGGGUGAAGGCCCAGGGCCCAGAAAUGAAGGCCGCGACUCGUCAGAGCAGCUUGAAACCAGCUCCGCCCACGUCAGUCGAUAGUGGAUCGAUGCCAUGGCUAUGGAUUCCGGAGCUGGUCGAUCGGUAU